CAAAUUAUAAGCUGAGCCUUUGAACUUAAUUAUUUUUUAUUAUGUACCAACCAAAAACAAAUUUUCGUUAAACCAACCUAUUUCGAAAUUCUCUCUAAUCCACUCUAUGUUAUUGUCUGAACUCUAGAAGGUGGCUAAGCAAGCAGCCUUUAGUUUGUUGCCAAUGACAUCCCACCAACUCAGUAGUCACAAGAAUCCCUAACUCUUCUUCCGCCUUUACAUAAAAAAAACCCAGUAACAGUAGUCCAUAUUUUUCUUGGUCUUUAAAGUUUGACCUCGAAGUCCUAACACUAAAGUGCAGCUGUAUAAAGGAGAAGCUUCAAAUCUCUUAAUGGCUCAAGAUACCUCUUCUGUUGCUGAAUCACCUCGACGGCGCUCUGGUCUUCUGCGAGACCAGGUGCAGUUGAUUAAAAGAAAAGACUGUGAUCGCUAUGAGAUCGUUCCAAUCGAAGAUAAACUUUCCUUCGAGAAAGGUUUUUUCAUUGUAAUUCGUGCAUGCCAAUUAUUGGCUCAAAAGAAUGAUGGAUUGAUUUUAGUUGGAGUAGCUGGGCCAUCUGGAGCUGGAAAGACUGUGUUCACAGAGAAGGUGCUCAACUUUAUGCCCAGUAUAGCUGUCAUAACCAUGGACAACUACAAUGAUGCUAGCCGUAUCAUUGACGGAAACUUUGAUGACCCACGGCUGACUGAUUACAACACACUGCUUGAAAAUAUUCACGGUUUAAAAGCGGGGAAACCUGUUCAAGUUCCAAUAUAUGACUUCAAGUCUAGCUCUCGCAUAGGAUACAGGACACUUGAAGUGCCUAGCUCCCGCAUCGUGAUUAUUGAAGGAAUAUAUGCCUUAAGUGACAAAUUGCGGCCUUUAAUAGAUCUUCGUGUAUCUGUCACUGGGGGUGUUCACUUUGACCUUGUCAAGAGAGUGUUACGGGACAUUCAACGUGCUGGCCAAGAGCCUGAAGAAAUUAUCCAUCAAAUCUCUGAAACGGUAUAUCCUAUGUACAAGGCUUUUAUUGAGCCAGAUCUCGAAACAGCACAUAUUAAAAUCAUCAACAAGUUUAAUCCGUUCACUGGAUUUCAGAAUCCUACUUAUAUUUUGAAGUCUACAAGGUUGGUGACACUGGAUCAAAUUAAGGAAGUUGUAUCUGAGGAACACAAAGAAACUAUAGAGGAAACAUACGACAUUUAUCUUCUACCCCCUGGUGAAGAUCCCGAAGCAUGUCAGUCAUAUCUGAGGAUGAGGAACAGGGAUGGCAAAUACAAUCUCAUGUUUGAGGAAUGGGUUACUGACAGUCCCUUCAUAAUAUCACCAAGAAUAACUUUUGAAGUUAGCGUGCGUCUUCUUGGAGGACUAAUGGCUUUGGGGUAUACAAUUGCAGCCAUCUUGAAAAGAAGUAGCCAUGUCUUUUCUGAUGAUAAGGUGUCCGUGAAGAUCGAUUGGCUGGAGCAACUCAAUCGCAAAUACGUUCAGGUGCAAGGUCGAGAUCGCCUAUUUGUUAAAUUCAUAGCUGAGCAAUUGGGUUUGGAAGGUUCAUAUGUUCCUCGUACUUACAUUGAACAAAUCCAGCUGGAGAAGCUUGUAAAUGAUGUUAUGGCAUUACCAGAUGAUUUGAAAACAAAGCUUAGCAUUGAUGAUGACUUAGUUUCAAGUCCUAAAGAAGCCCUUUCCCGAGCCUCUGCUGAUCGGAGAAUGAAGUAUCUCAGCCGUAUCUCACACUCGUACGCGACCCAACGGGACAAGAAUUUGCCGAAGCUGACAAAACUUGCUAUUAACAGUAGAAGGUUUGAUGGAAGGGCACCAGAGUCACCUACUCCAGUAGUGAAUCCGGGAGUUGUUACACAGCUCUCGGAGCAAAUUUCAACUUUGAAUGAAAGGAUGGAUAAGUUCACGUCAAGUAUAGAAGAAUUGAAUUCCAAGUUCUCUACCAGGACCAUUUCGGCUAGCCAACAAAAUUUAGCUGUGCAGGCCGAAGCCUGCAAUGGUUCUUUACCGACAUCUCUUUUCGUAACUGGCUUGGGUAAUGGUUCACUAACUGGUUCACUAAUGCCUCAUUCUUCAUCUUCUUCCCAGUUGGCUAGAGAGUCCCCACUCAUGGAAGAGGUCCUAGUUAUUGCAAGAGCACAACGCCAGAUUAUGCAUCAGUUAGACAAUCUGAGCAAUCUAAUACAUGAAUACCGGGGAGAAAGAUGUCGCCAAGAAAGGAACGAUCGAUCAAACAGAGCAAUUGACGUUGAGACUAUUGGUGUUCCGCUUAUCUUUACUCUAGCAAUUGGUGGUUUAGGAGUAAUUUUGUUUAGGAAUCUAACAUCCCAAAAGUAACAUCAUCACUUGGAGGUCCAAAUUGCAAUUUCUGGCAUCAUGAAAAUGGUCUUAUGCCCUUGUGCUUUAAGGGACCAUGGAGGGCAAACACACGUACUGUAGGUUGGCAUGGAAAAAUUGUAAAUAUUGGAAAAACAAAUAAAGGUGAAAUUCUGAAACUAGUGUUUAUCCAACAUAUGUCUUGUUCCUGUUAUUUAAUUUUUACAGUGAGUAUAAUCAGAGAAAAUCUCUGCAAUCUUCUGAUGUGAGAAA